UAAUAAUUACACUCGUAUUAAAUAUUAUUUAUCUAAAAAUAAUAAUAAAAAUGUAUCUUCUCAGCGUCCUGAAACUAACGAUCAAACAAAAUAUGAAAUUCAAUAUCGAAUCAACGACUUCAUAUAAUAGUAUUCAUCCAGCUUAUCAACACACUGAACAGUUUGAAAAUAACAUCGAGUCUUAUCGUAAUGGUACUCAGUGGUUCGGUAUUUUACUUGCAUUCAUAUCUGGUGCAUUUUUUACUAUAAGUUCAGGACUUGUGAAAGCUGUUGAAAAUGUUGAUCCCAUGGUAUUACUUAGCAUUCGUGCAGUACUACAAAUAAUUAUCACGCUUUUCAUUGCUCUUCGACGCGGUAAAAAUUUACUCGGUCCGAAAGGAUCCCGAUUGCUGCUUAAUUUUCAAGGAAUGGUUGGAGGGAUGACUUUGGCACUAUUAUAUUACAGUUUUCGAAAAUUGCCACUUGGUGAUGCAACUACUAUUAUCUUCAGUUCUCCAGUCAUUGUUUUAAUAUUAUCGUUUAUUUUUCUUAAAGAACCAUGCGGAGUUCUUCGAAUAUUCGUAAUUUGUAUACUUUUUGCCGGCGUUAUUUUAGUAUUUAAACCUCCAUUUAUUUUUCAGGUAAACGAAGCGGAAUCAUAUGAUGUUAUGGGUUAUAUAUGUGCUAUUCUUGCAGCUUUAUUCACAGCAUUGAAUAUAGUUAUAAUGAGGAAAUGCUCAGAAAUUUAUUACGCUGUUGUUGUUCUUAAUAUUUCAAUGUGGAUUCUCAUUUCAUCUAUUCUUUUCUUUUUCUUCAUCUCGGAAGCUCAUCAACAUAUCCAGGCGUUUCCCAAUGAUUGGAUAACUUGGAGUCUCAUACUUUUGGUUGCUGCAACCGGGCUUUGUGGCCAAGUAUUGGUCACGAAAGCUUUGAAAAUUGAAGGAGCUGGUAAAGUAUCCGUCACACGUUCUCUGGAUAUUAUAUUAGCAUAUAUUAUUCAAAUAUACUUUUUUGGUGACAUACCUAACUCAACCAGUAUUGUUGGAGCAGUUUUAAUACUUGGUUCUGUUAUCACAAUGGGAUUUGAAAGAGAAAUUUAUGGAAUUUGUGAUUAUAUUCCUUAAUGUAGACAAAUAAAAUAAGUUAUAAGUGAGAAUUAUUUUUUAAAUAUAAUAAAUUUACAUAAGAUUUCAUCCGUUACUCAUCCAUUCAGAAUAUCAUGUGAUGUUAAUGCCUUUUAAUCUUUAGAGGAUUAACUAAUUCUAAAGAAGACUCACAACUGGACAUUAGUACGACACACUUAUUGAAUAAAAUACUAUUCGAAACAGAAGAUAAAUAAGACAUUUACGUAUAACAAUAAAUAAAGUCACUUGAUCAUGUUCGAUAAUACAUAGGGACCACAGAUUUCUGAAACUGAAAUUCUCUAACCUAUCCAGGUAUUUCGGUCAAAUAAUUAAAAAAUACCCUGACUAUAUGUAAUUAUACUAAAUCAUUGGAAAUAUUUAUUUAAUUCAAUAUAAAAUGGGAUAAGUCAGUUCAAUGAAUAACCAAUCGUUGUCGAUAAAUGAAACUUUAUUUUAUUAUUUGUCAAUGAUCAUACACUGAUAAAAGAAUUUAUUAAAUGUUAAUAAAUUUAUUUGUUUGGGUGCAAUAAUUUCAUUUAUUAAAUACAAAUUAAUAUUUGUUAACAUUUAAUAAAUAUUUCUUUGGAAUAAAAGUAUAUUUAUUAACAGUUAAUAAAUUAUUUUUCGAGUGAAUGUGUCUUUUUUACGGUGCACCGUGAAGAUCGUUCAUAAAGAAAUAACGCUAUAACCCUUCUUAACAAAGAUAUGAUACUGAAUACUGAACAUAAACACAUAUUUUUGUGGCGAAUUUUAAAUAAAAAAGGUUAAAGUGGCCCAUAAAGUUUUUUAAAAAUUGAUUGAAAUGAAUGUGUUGGUAAAUUCAUGGGGUCUAGGUGAACUAUACCCAAUGUUGAUGAGUCAGUACAAACAAACGAAUAAGAUUAAAGUCUUCAUACAUAUCGGAAACCUUGAAACUUAUUAAUAUAAAAAUUAUUAUCAUUUUAGUUGAAUAGUUUUUCUUAUUUUUCUGUAAAGCAUGAUAUAACUGAUUUAGAUACUCCGAAGGAAUCAUAGAAAAUAAUAGAGAUGAAAUGAAAUUCAUGUAACAUCAAGCAGAGUUCAUGUUUUUUCUCGUCGUGACUUGAUUUAAGUUAUAUUUAUGUAAUUAUUAAUUUACCAUCAUACAUAUUAUAUUUUUUGCAUAUUUGUUAAAAAAAAAUAAAAAAAUUUUAAUGAAACGAAUAUUAAUUAUAAAUAUUUUUAAUUUACAUUUUAAAUUCUUUCAAUUUAUAUUACCCUAAUAAUUUUCACCGCAAAAAAAAACUGUAAUUUAUUACAACAAUUUUUAUAUGAUUCAUUUCAUUUUCUCUAUUUU